AAACAAAAAAGAAUCUUGUUCAUCAUUUUGUAUAUUUUAAUUGUUUGGCACAUGCAAAUUGCAAUAAUUGAAAAACAUGCGGAAAAUUGGUUUAGAAAUUUAGUGGGAUUAGUAAGAGUAACAUGGGCGAGGAAGGAAGACUGGUUAUUUGUGGCCCCAAAACAUCCAUAAGCGAGUGCGAUAACAAGUAGCAGUGUGUGGAGCUGAGGUUGUUGCAGUAGGUGGUGAAAGUGAAAUGGGGGGGUUUCUGGAGAGUUCAGCAGCGCCGUAUGUGGGGAUGGUACUGGCCACAACUGCCCAGGUGGGUCUGAUUAUUAUCAGCAAAAGAGCCAUGGCCACUGGAAUGACUAAUUACACGUUCGUUGCCUAUUCCAAUGCUCUUGCCGCUCUUAUCCUCCUCCCUUUAUCUCUUUUAGUUCACAGGUCAUCGAACCGGCCUCCACUGAGUUUCUUGUUGGUUUCUGGGUUUUUUUCAUUAGGUGUUCUUGGGUGCUUGGCGCAGCUGACGGGGUAUACUGGAAUUAAUUACACUUCUGCUGAAUUUGCCUCAGCAAUGCUUAAUCUCAUCCCAGGAUUUACCUUCAUACUUGCUGUCAUAUUCAGGAUGGAAAAGGUAGCUUGUCGCAGCUCAAGUUUUCUAGCAAAAGCUACUGGAACUGUUGUGUCAAUUGCUGGUGCCUUUGUUGUAACUCUUUACAAGGGCCCUCAAAUCAUGACUCGCCAAGCAUCUUCUAAGUUGCACUAUGAGCACAUGGAAAUACCACAAUUAAGCUGGAUACUUGGAGGAUUAUUCCUUACAGUAGAUUGUGUUGUCUCAUCGGGCUUCAUAAUUGUACAGGCAUCAAUUCUUAAGAAUUACCCAGCAGAGCUGAUUAUAGUCUUCUUUUACUGCUUCUUUGCCGCCAUUCUGUCCACAGUCGUAUCUUUGAUUGUGGAUAGAGACCUAAGUGCUUGGGCAUUGCAACCUAAUAUCAGACUGAUUGCUGUUCUGUAUUCGGGAAUUUUUGGUUCUGCAUUUCAGGUAAGUGUAACUACUUGGUGUCUGCAUAGAAGGGGUCCUCUUUUUGUUGCUAUGUUCCAUCCACUGAGCAUCGUUAUAGCAGCUGUACUGGGUACUAUCUUCCUGGGCGAUGUUCUGUAUCUUGGAAGUUUGGUGGGCUCCAUUAUCAUUGUUAUGGGGUUCUACUCUGUGAUGUGGGGAAAGGCAAAAGAAGUCGAGGUGAUUGGGAACGACUUGACCAGAAGUUGUGAAUCAACCAGUGAAAAAGCCCCCCUUUUGUCAAUCACGGAUGAGCAGGACAGAGCAUGAUAUCCUUCACUUACAAACAGAACAUGAAUGAAAAAGGUCAAAAGGGCACUGUGACAAGCACAAGAGAGAUUGUCUAAACAUGGGGGGCAUGAUGCCUCCUUCAAUAUUCUAGUGUUUACAGUUGGGACUCAAAUGUGGUACACUUAUAAUUGUACAAUUCCACACCACAUAACAUAAUGAGCCAGCAGAAAGCUGCUGCUAGGCGGCAACUACGGUUGAUGAAUAUCCAUAUUCUUCUGUAUUCCGACAGAUUUUACAUUAAGGUUGUCAUUGCUUUCAAGAUUACCUGUCUCUCACUGUACAAUGUGUAGAUAGAGAUUGUUGGUGAAGGGAAGCCUGACAUACAUAUUCCUCCCUGAAAUUUAUAAAACACCAUCGAUUUUCUUUGAUUA